AUGUCAACACAACCACUGAUCGUGUGUCUCACUGAUUUCACCUCAAAAUCCACAUCAACCGAUCAUCAUGUAACACUUAAAUUUCUUAAAGAUAAACUACGUACUCGAAGAUUGUGUGAAUUUUCGAUGAAUUUUGAAUCACCUCCUCCGAAUGAACACAAUCAAUUACUAAAUUUACCAAAAUCAUGCUUUCCUCUCAAUGUACGAAUUUCCUACUCGUGUCAAUGUAUUCUCGUUUCCGAUCUGUGUGGUGAUCGUAUUCAUGUCUUUGAUUAUGUGAGUAAGAAACUGAAAACCUCCAUUCUCGUUUCUUCUCGACCAAGAUAUAUAUGUAUUGAAGAGAAUUACGAUGGGAAAAGAAACGAUGCUCUUUUGUAUGAUUGUAGCAAGGGAACGACUGUGUACAAGUAUAAUUUGGAAAAGUUACUGGAACAUGCCACGAAAAAUAAGAAUGAAAGAAACGAAAACUGUUUAUGGACAUCUACACAUGCGUUAUUGAAAGCUGCCAAAGAACUGGCUACCAAUUUUCGAAAAGUUUUCAUUUGUAAUCAUUAUGGUAACAGUGUACUAGUAUUGAAUUCACAAAAUGGACAAUUUUUGGAAAAUAUUUCAUUGAAUGAACAAAUUUCAAACCCCAUUGGAAUUGAUUUGACGACUUUUGGAGACGUUAUCAUAAGUGAAGAAGCGAAUCGAAUUCAAAUUUUGAGACGCGAUAUUGACAAUGGACAAUGGAUACGAGUGCAUGCUUAUGGCAGUAAGGGAUUUGAAUAUGGAUAUCACUUUAACAAACCUUCUGGUCUUGUUUUUGAUAAAACAUCCAAUCGUAUUCUCGUAUGCGAUGCUCUCAACAAUCGAAUUCUAGUAUUUGCUCAGAAUGGAACUCUUGAAAAGUCGUUUGGAAGUUUUGGCUCUAAGAGAAAUGAAUUCUUUUAUCCUGAAGGCAUGUGUUUGGAUACUGUUUUUGGAAAACUCUACGUGUGCGAUACGCAUAACAAACGAGUACUCAUCUUCCAAUAA